GCGAUACAAGGCAACGAUACAGAAAACGAUACAGCGAAUUUCAGUCUUCCUCCCCCAGGCCUUUAGUACAAAAAUUUAGACAUCUCUAAUUUUUCGUGUAGGGUUUUGACAGCUGCCUCAAUUUUGUUUUCCUCGAAAAAUUUCGGUCGGCACAUUUUUCGAUGGUUUUUUGGCACAAAAAUAUUUACCCGCAUAAUUAAAAACAGUUGGGGAUAUAGUACUAACUAUUAACUUAAUAUAUUGGUAGCAGUACCAGUAUGAAAUAUCUUCCAAGUAUCAUUUCAUUAUACAUGUUCAAAAUUUUAUUACCUCAAUAAAUUAUGACAGGAUCGUAUCAGUGACAGUGACAAUAUGAUAUAUGAUUUACUUAAAGAUGUCGGAAACACCAAUCGAGUGAGCUGCACUAAUUGUUUCACUCUGGAGGCUGAAAAUAAGAAGCUUAAGGAGCAAUUAAAGAUCAGUAAGCGGAAGCUGCAGAGGGUGCAGGGGGAAAAAUUGUCCUCGGACGAGCACGCACUACGAUUGUCGAAAGAACUCCAAUUGAUGAAGGACAAAAAUAAGUUUCCUGAGGCUUCUUUUUCCGAGCAAGAAGGAAUUCCGAUGACCGUAGCAGAUUUGGAUGAACUGAAUGGCCGCGCGACAACAGACAGCAUGUUUGCUGGGUUGCUCGCUGUUCGCUUGGUCGGUGCAGAUAACCUGCCAAAGAUGAGCGUAACCGGUCAGGCGUGCCAUCGGUACGCCAAUAUGAAAAAAGAAGACGGAACUCGUUUGUACCCAACCCCAAAAAAACUGGACCCCAACGUGUUGCAGUUUAUCUGUAACAAAAUCGCAGAACGUACUGCCAUCCGUGUUGGUUUACAAAACGUACUUACAAUUCGGCAAUAUCAGAAAUAAAAAAUAAAAACAUCAACAUUUUAAUUUUUUAAUUUAAUUUUAUUUUUUGUGGGAAAGAAUUGGAACUAUAUUGGUUAUGGUACAGGGAAGCUCUUUUUAAAAAUAUUUUACAAUAUGCGGAACGUAUGAUUGAGCGUUAUUUUUACUAAAAACUACUAUAAGCAAACUAUAUCCAUUGAAGUUGAUGAAAUCUAUGAUUUUGUAUUCCAACGUAGCUAGAACAUUCAGGUAGAUUGUUUUGCUCGCCAAAAGUGGAUGAUAUUUUAACCGUAUCCAAUAAUGUAGCAUGAAAUAUUUGUUCGAAAAAAUCGCUCUUUUUGAAUGGUAAACAUGCUUAACAGCCCUUUCCCCAUAUGGUACUUUAACAGAUAAUCAUAAUACAGAUUGUUAAUAUGGUCUGUGUUAUUGUACAUAUACUGUUC